CCUCUAUCCGCGGUCCGCCGUAUCCGGUACCUGAUUCCCACCCAAUGACCCAAACCCCUAAUCCCAAAUCCCCUCACCUGCCCACCACAAUCCCGCCACACCACCAUGGCCGACGACCCUGCCUCCGCCGCCGCCUCCCGCUCAUCCUCCUCCGCUGACGAAGACGACGAGGGCACCGAUAGCGACGCCUCAAAUAACUCCAACCCAGCUGCUCCCCAGGAACCACCAGCCCUCCCCGAUAACUCGGCCCCACCUCCAGCCCCCGAACCAGCCGGUCCAAUUCCGCCGCCGCCGCCGCCAUCGUCUCACCCACAGGGAGCGACCGCGGCCGCGGCCGCGGCCGCGGCGACGGAGGAAUCGAGGCGGCUGUUCAAGCGGCUGUGGACGGACGAGGAGGAGCUGCUCAUCCUGCGCGGGUUCCUGGAGUUCACGUCGCGGCGGGGCACCGCGUUCGCGUCGCACCAGUACGACACGGUCCCCUUCUACGAGGAGAUCCGGCAUAAGCUGUCCUUCGAGUUCUCCAAGAACCAGCUCAUCGAGAAGCUGCGCCGCCUCAAGAAGAAGUACCGCGUCUGCGCCAACCGCAUGGUCGCCCAGGGCGGCGCCUUCGCCUUCAAGAGCGCGCACGAGGGCGCCAUCUACGACGUCGCGCGCCACAUCUGGCACCCGUCCUUCAAGCGCAACGGAGGCGACGCCUCGGACGAGGACGACGUGAAUCCGGCAGAAGCAGCUGCAGCUGCAGCAGCCGCCGCUGCUGCUGCCACGGCGCUGCCUGUUGCAGUUGAGGACGGUGGCGGCGGAAGUGCGCCUGCGACCACGCCGAGAGGCAGAGGCAGCCGGCGGGGAAGGAGGAGGACAGCACAAGAGAUGGAGGCGCCCACAACGCCUGCAACUCCUGCGCUUAUGUUAACCGAUAUUGCUCAGGAGCCGGCUGCCGUUUCAUUGCAGAAUUCGGUGCCUAUGAUUGCACCACCACCUCGGGUGCUGGCACAUGUGCCUGCCCCAGUGAGACCCAACGGUCCGACUGAAGAGGAUGUCCGGAGUAUCCUGUCACCACUACUGAAGGAGCUCAUCAGCUCAGUAGCUGUCACAGGGCAGACUGGACUUGGGUUGGGCAUUGGAUUUGGGGGUGUAGGAAGUGCUGAUAUUCUUGGCCUUGGUUCUGGGUUGUCUGGACACAACCUUGGGGUGCCUAGUGAAGAGAAGUGGAGGCAGCAGCAGAUUCUUGAGCUGGAGGUCUAUCUGAAGAGGAUUGAGCUUGUCCGGGAGCAGGUCACCACGGCACUAGAUGAACUCAGGUCAUCACAAAGUUGAUUAGUUCCUCUUGUUCUGCAAUCUCCUGACUUCUUCUCUGGUGCCGGGAGUAUUUGUUUACUGUCAACUUUUUUAUGUUGGAUAUUGCGGCAUUGGAGAGGGUACACAGAGGUGAUGUGGUAUGAGUUUCUAAUUAUAUAUUUGGCCCUUUAGGUCUAGCUUAGUUGCAUGUAGUUAUCAUAAGGUUAGGGAUGAGCUUUGAUCUGUAGAUGGAAUGAUGAUCAAGGUUUGUCAUAUUUGUAGCUUCACUUUGUUCUCUUAUGUAAUCAGUUUUAUAAUUUGAGAAAAUGCAGCAAAGGGUUUUGACUCUGGAGAUUUAUGACCCAACUCUUUCAUUUUUAACUUGAAUAACUAUUGUGUACUGUAAUUGGUUUUUUUUAUGACAGACUGAGAUUGAAAACA